GAUUGAAACUUUCGCGUCAACCCAACGAAGAUGCUUGGCAAAAAUCUCCAGAUGUCCAAAUUCGACCCGCCUUGGGCGUCACUUCCCUCAGACACCCACUUGUGUUUUCCUUCUUCUUGCGCAUUGACUGGACUUCUCCAAGAACCUCUGCGCCGAGCUGCAGCGAGAGCAGAGAGAGAGCGAGAGCGAGAGAGGGUCAGCAAUGGCGUUGAAUUCAUCGAAGAAUCACGUGCUGCCGGUGUCGGAUCCUCCGCGCGACGAGGAGAGGGAGAGGCUUCUCAAGCUCGACGACAAGCUGUUCAUGGGAUCGGCCAUGACCAAGAGGGGCGCUUACGCCGCUGUCUCCUACAUGACCUGCGCAGUGCUCUUGGUGAUCUUUAACAAAGCAGCUCUUUCUUCAUACAGUUUCCCAUCUGCGAAUGUCAUCACUCUGUUACAGAUGAUAUGUUCCUGUUCCUUUCUCUAUGCACUGAGAAAGAGGAAGAUAAUCAACUUUACAGUAGGUGAAUCUUCGCUUGGUUCAGAUAAUACCAAAUUGCUUGUGCCAUUGAGGACAUUGGUUCAUACUCUUCCUCUUUCACUCGCCUAUUUGUUAUACAUGUUAGCCACUAUGGAGUCUGUUCGUGGAGUAAAUGUCCCAAUGUAUACCACUCUUAGGCGGACGACAGUGGUGUUUACAAUGGUAGCAGAGUGGAUUCUGGCAGGUCAGAAGUAUUCAUCUUCCGUCAUUGGAAGUGUUGGAUUGAUCGUUCUUGGUGCAUUUGUUGCGGGAGCAAGGGACUUGUCAUUUGACUUUCAUGGCUACUUUGUUGUCUUCUUGUCCAAUGUUACCACAGCAAUAUAUCUAGCAACGAUAGCCCGCAUUGGGAAAUCUAGUGGGCUGAAUAGCUUUGGCUUAAUGUGGUGCAAUGGGAUCAUUUGUGGACCAAUACUACUGUUUUGGACAUAUAUCAGGGGGGACAUAGCAAUGACGUUGAAUUUUCAGUAUCUUUACUCACCUGGUUUCAUGGUUAUCUUGCUUUUCUCAUGCGUAUUGGCUUUCUUUCUGAAUUACUGUAUAUUCCUAAACACAACCCUUAAUUCAGCUGUAACACAGACCAUUUGCGGAAAUCUAAAGGAUCUUUUUACAAUUGGACUUGGCUGGAUUAUCUUUGGUGGGCUUCCAUUUGAUCUUUUGAAUGUUGUUGGGCAAUUUCUUGGUUUUCUCGGCUCUGGCUUGUAUGCAUAUUAUAAGCUCAUGGGGAAGUGACUGCUUCAAGCUUUUCACCCUUUUUGUUCUGGGAUGAUGAGCGCUACAGUCAUUCCAAGGAAUCCAAUUGGAGAUAAGCUGCUAAUGCAAAUGCAAACCAGUCAAAGGAGUUUUCUAAUUACAGAGAAGCUACUACUCCGAGUUUAUAAUGAUAAUCAAGAUGGAAAAGCUUCUUGGGGAGCUUAUCAGCCAUUUGCCAGCCGUGGAACUCUUAUAUUUCAACCUGUUUUCUUAUCCAAUCAAGACGAGCGGGUAGCAACCCUUUUAGAAGGAGAAAGGAACUUGUUUGAGAUGCUAAAUUUUUUGAAUUGUUGAUUCUUCGGUAGUUAAGUGGGGUUUUUGUCCAUAUGCAGUCUCCUAAGUUAGCGAAUAUGUAAUAGUGCAGGAAGUGACAGCAAUUUUCACAAAUUUAUUUUAUUUUUUUUUAGCAUCAGCAGUAAUUUUUGAUAUGUUACCCGAGGCAUUUUCUGAAUUUGCUUUUACAAGUGAGAAUUGAUAUGGUUCAAGCAA